AUGUCUUCUGGAGGUCUUCUUCUCCUGCUGGGACUCCUCACCCUCUGGGCAGAGCUGACCCCCAUCUCCGGCCAGGGCCGGCCAGAGUUGUGUUAUCUUCCUGCUAAACCUGGGCGAUGUGAAGCUUAUAUGCCUCGCUUCUACUACAACUCGACUUUCAAUAACUGCCAGGAGUUUAUUUAUGGUGGAUGCAAUGGCAAUGCCAACAGGUUUGUGACCAGAGAUGAAUGCCACUUCACCUGUGUUGGUAAGUAG